UUUCAGGUCUGGUGUUCUUUGUGGUGAUCGUGGUGCUGCUGUCCAUAUACCGGAAAGAACCUCACUGCUGCAAAGACACCCAUGGAGACAUGGAUGCCCCUCCUCAGUACUACAGCAGCAGACAAACACUGGUGGGAAACCCCUGUCUGGAACAGACUCAUGACAUCAUACACGACAACACACACUCACAGUCAGGGCAGCUGUUCCUUAUCGGCCUGCCCUCCAGCUACCGCCUGCCCUCCCUGGAGGCGCCCCUCCCCAGGCUGCCCUCCUACGAGAGUGUCAGGAAGAAGGACCGCCAGAGACAGAUACACAUGAUGAUUGCUGACCGUUUCGGCCUCAACGGCUCCAUGCUGACUGAGCCCCCUCCAACGUAUGAGGAGAGCAUCCGCCACUCCAUUGAAGUACCCUUUGACAUUCUGGGGUCUGUAAUAGACGCCCCUCAUCCCCAGAACAUUUCCCCUCCGCACCCUGGCACAGACUUUACCACUCAGUCAGAGGUAACCACUCAGUGCCCAUCCACUCAGGAUGCCAACAGUGCCACCCUACCAGUCUGAAUCCUCAGACUCGCUACUGACACAUGAUGACAAGGACAACUGGAGUAUUGAUGCUUUUUAUCCAUCUUGAUGUGCCAAACUGGUCAGAGGAUAACAGACAGGGGAAAUGCACACAUUCUCCAUAGGUUGAAUCAGAUCCAGCAGCCAAUGGGUUGACUGUACUGUAGGAACAUCCUGCAGUGACAGUAUGCUGGAAGAUAGUGACCAAAGAUGGUGAAAUUCUACAUUGCGGGUUACUCCAUACUGACAAACUUGAAUGUUUAAACACCUCUUGUCAGUUGUGAUUUUAAACUGGAGCCUAAAUAAGAUUGAUGAACUGGGAAGACUUGGAUUACCAUUCUACAGUGAAAAGGGAAACCGUCCUGUAGAUGACCAAUACCAUGACUAUAUGUGUCUGAGGUGGCAGGUUCUAAUGCCAAAGUUAACUGUAAGAGGAGACAGGCCAGGUAGAAAGACACUCCAUGACAAAUGUGCUGCUGAAAAACAAAUACUAUUUUGCUGUGAACAGAAAAAGCACCAAAAAGGGAAGAACGAUCUUUAGAUUUAAAAAAAAUGUUUCUCAUAUUUUCUACAUUUGAUCAUGGUAACCCCUUUUGAUCAUUUUAUGGAUUAAAGUAAUCUGGAUUAUUGUUUUUUGAGGAACUGUGUUGUAGCAAGUCCUUUUCUGAGUAAAAUCACUCUCCUCUUUUAGUGCAAUGUACGAGCCAAAAACGUAUAAGCGUGAGAUGUAUAAUGCUCAUAUGUCCUACCCUGCUGAGCUUGGGUUGUACAGCUGAGCCAGCUACAACUUGUGUGUUAGUCUUGGAACCUGUGAAGAGUGAGUCAACAACACCAAACCUGUGUUGGCUCUGGUAACGGGUCUUAAAUGCCCAAUGCAGCCGUUUUUAUAUCAAAUCAUUUAUGGGUAACAAUAAUGUACCUUACUGUGAUGGUUUUCUAUUAAAAUUAUCAAAAUUG